GAAGGGUUUCCCCCCAGAAAGUACAGACAGUGUGACAGGCCGUGGGUCAUGGCCGACGCUCACGCCCUAGAGCCAUAGUGCCACAUGUGGCAGCCCAUCCGAUGCCCCAGCAGCAGCGGCGAAGAUGAUCCCAGAAGAUGAGAGCCCCCCAGCAGGGGAAGAGGACGGUGAUGGGGACUUCCCGCUGCUCCUUCACUCCUCCGAGAGCGGCAGCCUUCGCAAGGGAUGUGAUCCUCUGGCCCAGACGCAACGUAGCAAACUGCAGCACCGCCGCGCCCGAAUUAACCAGCAGAUCAACAAGGAGAUGAGGAUGCGGGCAGGUGCCGAGAACCUCUUCAGGGCCACCAAUAACAACAAAGUAAAGGAAACCGUUGCUUUGGAGCUUAGUUUUGUGAAUUCGAACCUGCAGCUUCUGAAGGAAGAGUUGGAGGAGCUGAACAGCUGUAUGGGGGCUUACCAGAAUGACAGUGACUCCAUCAGCGCUGGGGCCAGCCAUGCGGGACUCCCAGCCGUAAACGAAGCCGGCCCUGGCAAACUGCUUCCAGGAAUACCACAGUCUCUACUUUACUUUCUCGAUAACCGUUUCUUCAACAGGAACUUGGGGUCCUUUUUUUUCCACUGGUAUGACUCUCUGACCGGAGUCCCUUCGCACCAGCGGGCGCUGGCUUUUGAGAAAGGGAGCGUGCUCUUCAAUAUUGGGGCUCUGCACACGCAGAUUGGCGCGCGUCAGGAUCGGACCGCCCUGCAGGGGGUGGAGUGCGCCAUCGAUGCGUUCCAGAAGGCAGCAGGAGCCUUCAACUAUCUGAAAGAGAAAGACUUCCUCCAACCAGCUUCACCUGGAGCACAUACAGCGAGCACGGCCUCCUUGAACAUGCUGGUGCGGCUGAUGAUCGCCCAAGUGCAGGAGUGCGUCUUCGAGAAAGUCCUCCUCCUCCGGGCCCAGAGCGACUUCCUCACCUGCCUGCAGUUGGCGCAGGAAGCAGCCAGGGUGGAUGAAGUUUACUCUUUGGUGUACCAGACCAUGACCCAGCCCCACGUGAAGGACUACGUCCCCUUCUCGUGGACCACCAUGGUGCCAUCAAUUGCCGUCAGCGUUUCAGCAUUUCUGCUGCCUCUGCUCGUACUCUACUACACUUCGCCAUCGCCCUCUCGCGACUGUCCGGCUGCAUCUGACGUGGAUCUCCCAGACCACGAGAAAGCCCUCCUGCAGUUCCACGUCAGCGUGCCGGAGGGGCCAGCUCUCUGCCAGCUCCUACAAGAUUCAGAGGAGCGAAGAAAGCUGGGGAAGGCGCAUCUCAAAAAGGCCAUCAUGAGGCACGAGGAAGCGAUGCGGCUGCACAGCCUCUGCAAGAUCCUGAGGAAGAUGGACAUUCUGCAGGAGGUGCUCUGCUUCACCCACAAGCGCUCACUCAGCAAGUACGCGGAGAUCGAAUUUCAAUUUAGAGAGGACUUCUUCGGCAACCGUGGAUCGUUUCGAUGUCCACAACCCAAAACGCAACAGAGGCCAGAGGUCAAGUCCCCCAACUUCUCCAAAGUGAAGAUCGUGGACAUCUUCCACAGACUGGGCCCGCUGUCCGUGUUCUCGGCUAAGAACAGGUGGCACCCGCUGCGGGCCGUUCAUCUGGCCCGAGGGAGAAAGCGGCUUCAGGUUCUACACCGGCGAGAUCUCCCUCCGCCCUCAUCGCUGGGCUAGUCGCCGCUGGGAAGUUGCUGCGAAAUGGCCGAAGCUGGCCUGAAAGAGGGGGACUACAUCAUCUCCGUCGGCGGCAAGGAUUGUAAGUGGGCCAAACACGCGGAGGUGGUGCAGCUGCUGAAGGUGAUCGGGGAAGAGGGGGUGGAUGUCAGUGUGAUCACACUGCAGCCCCCACGGUCCUGGCAGGUGGACAAGAAGCUGUCGGCGAUGUCUUCGGGCACCCCCAGCCCGCUGAAGGGCAACAAGGAGAACCAGCGGAAGAGCUUGCUGCCGCGAGACAAGGGGCCCAGCACCCUCCUCCUGGGCUGGGGCCGGAAGAGCAAAGCGCCAGCACCUUUGAACUCCUUCACUUCUGUGGGAGACAACUUAACAGGCUCUGUUGGAUUACGCCGUCUGGGCCCUGCUGGCAGACGCCGGGGGGCCUUGGCAGCCCCGGCCGAAUAAGUACUCAGCGGAGGACUCGCGAACCCACAAACUGAAGGGGCUGGUGGGCGGCCUCCCAGCAGCGUCUGAGACUUCCUGGAACGAGAGUUCUAGGUGUUUAAUAGCUGACACCACGGAUGCCGAACGGAGACUCGAAAUCCCUGAUGCUGUGGGGAAAGCAGGAGAGGACACUACUGCCGAGCGGCUGGAAUCUGGACACUUAGCUAGAAAGAAACGUGGACCUCGAUCUCGCAGGUCGCAUUAAACGAAGGACGAUCGACGCCAGCAGAUUAUAGCUGGUCCUUUCUCUCGAGGCUGUUUCCCUCUGCCGAAAGCCGCCUGCCUUGCCGCCGCACGAAGCGAAGGGGUAAGCAAUAAAAGAGCCGUGGCCGCUUGAGGCGAUGUAAGGGCAGGGAAGGUUUGUGGCAAACGUGGCAAACGAAGUCCCAGGCUCUUUUGGGGGGGGGGGGCUUUGAGAAGCGGGAAGAUUUCAGGCAGUUCAGAGAUAGGAGUGGGCAGCCUGGAAAAAGUGCCUAAGAGAUGUGAGCCUGGCUGGGGGAAGUCUGUCCAAAGGAGUGGGGGAGGGCAGGCGAACUGCUUGCUGCAUUUUUCUCGGAGAUGCCAGGGUUUGAACCUGGAGCCUGGUGCAUGCCGAGCAAAAGCUGUACCUCUGAGCUAUGGCCCCUCCCCUCACACCUCUGCAGGGUGCGUCCUGUGUCGAUUUCUUUUUUCAAAGCUGUGAUUUAAAAUGCAGUUUCUCUCCCAACUGAACUCUACAUUGGAAGGGGUGUUUGGUUUGGAAAUCCAGAAUCGUGGCAACGAGGGGUUUAUUUUUGGGGGGGGGGGGGUUGUCCAUGCUUUGCCUAUAGCAUUAAUUUGAACUGGUGUGCAACCUCUUUUCGAUACCUUGGAGCCGUGAUGUAGCAAUAAAGAGUGCCUCAGAGCA